GGAGGCGAGGCAGAGCUGCGCAUGUGCAGCGUCCACUUUUAGCGCUGCUUCGGCUGGCCGGGGGCAGGAAGCGGAAGGCUGACCGGGCGUAGUUAGACGCUCACCAACGGAAGUCCCGCCUGUCUUGCUCAGCCUGUUCCCGGAAGUGCAUCUGCUUGUUUCGGGCGAGAUGGCUUCAAGGUUACUUCGCGGAGUGGGCGCUUUGGCGGCGCAGGCCGUGAGGGCCCACGGGCCCCGUGGCGCGGCCGCAACCCGAUCCAUGGCUUCUGGAGGUGGUGUCCCUACUGAUGAGGAGCAGGCUACCGGGCUGGAGAGGGAGAUCAUGAUAGCAGCACAGAAGGGACUGGACCCAUACAAUAUGCUACCUCCAAAGGCAGCUUCGGGCACCAAGGAAGACCCUAAUCUAGUCCCAUCCAUCAGUAACAAGAGAAUAGUGGGCUGCAUCUGUGAAGAGGACAACUGUACGGUCAUCUGGUUUUGGCUACACAAAGGCGAGAGUCAGCGAUGCCCAAACUGUGGAACCCAUUACAAGCUGGUGCCCCACCAAAUGGCCCACUGAGUCCCUGUGUUAACUUUUCAGAAUGUAAAGGAAAACUUCUCUCUAAUAAAGACUAGCCAUUGCACUGGCUCCUCCCA